ACAGUGGUAGUGUAGUGCAAGUUUGAAAGGUGGUUUACUUACAUUCAGCUGCUUAUCAAAUUGAGUUUCACCGCCGACUCUGAUAUGCGCGGAAUUAGUCAGCAGCAUCGCGAUGGCCUACUCAGAUGUGCACAGGGCGUUUCUGCAAUCAAUUUCGCAUCACGGCUUUAUCAGCUCCAAACAGGCCCUCACAAUUUUGCUGUCCAUUUACACUAAAUACCACCCCGAUGAUACCAUUCCGAACGAGCAUCACCUCUUGCACGUAAUCACAUCGAUCAACGCCAAAAUCGCUCGCUACAGCCAAAAGAUCAAGCUGGUUCGCUUCGAACCGAACCGCACCGAUUACUACGUAUUUUGUAACCUGUCGGACCGGAAUCCCGCCGAUCGGCUGCACACCUGCUACACCGACUCCGAAGUGUCUUAUUUUUGGCUCGUGUUGAAAGAAAUGGCCUGCUGCGAUGGCCAAGCCGUGAGUCCGUUCUUGUGUCUCAACUUGAACGAGCAUAUUACGGACAGACCACGGGUGUCGAAGGUUCGCGCCGAAGAGCUGUUGGACGAGUGGACAAGGGCGGGCUACUUUUUCCCGGAGUCGAACGGAACGUGGAUCCUGGGCGUUCGAACGGUGGCCGAAUUUGGUCAGUUUCUAAGAGAAAUGUUUGAGGACAAGAUACACGUGUGUUUGCUGUGUAAAGAGGCAACUUUUUAUGGUGUGAAAUGCCGUCAUUGUCCAGAGACGUUCCACACGAGGUGCAUCAAAACGUAUCUUCAACGGCUAACGGUUUGUCCGGGAUGCAAAGAGAUAUGGAUAGUUACGGUAGAUGGAUUGAAAUCUGAAGAAAAGGUUAACACUGAUCAUUCGCCUGCCUCAUUUUGAGGUUAUGCCGAAGAAAUUUAGGUGCUCU